AUGAUCAUCAAGAGAAGAAGACUUGACGGAGAACUGGAAGCAACUACUGUGUUGCGUGAACGAGGCCCGGCCAAGAUGAAGAUGAGUUGUGGAGCGUUAUACUUACCCAAAGACGACGAGGAUAAGCCAUUGGGCGAAGAUGCACACUUCAUCUGUGCAGAGAAGCAGACCAUUGGUGUCGCUGAUGGUGUGGGCGGCUGGGCCAAAAAAGGCGUGGACGCCGGAGAAUACGCACGUCAACUCAUGAAAAACGCUGAGAUCGCCAGCCAAAAAGAACCCAAUGGAGAAGUGCAACUAAAAAGGGUUUUGGGAACGGCUUUCUUGAACACCGAGGCUCAGGGUUCAUCCACGGCUUGCAUUGUGACUCUCAAGCAGGAUUAUUAUCUACAUGCUAUUUGUGUCGGUGACAGUGGGUUUAUGAUAUUCAGGGACAAGAAGUUUGUGUACAAAUCGCCCAUACAACAACGUUGUUUUAAUUGUCCGCGUCAGUUGGGAAAUAGCAAUAAAAGUGAUAAGCCAUGUUCGGCUAUUGAAAUAAAAGUAGGGGUUGUACCAGGAGAUAUCAUAGUUCUCGGCACCGAUGGGCUUUUAAAUAAUAUGUUCCCUGCGGAAAUCGAGGAUGUUAUCAAGAAAACAACUUUAGAAGAAGGUGUAAAUCCAGAGAAGUUGGCUUUGACUAUUGCAGAUUUGGCAUUGUAUAACUCGUUCGAUAGAUUUUUCUAUAGCCCAUAUGCAAGAGCCGCUCGAAAAGCAGGAAAGGAGCACAGCGGAGGAAAGAUUGAUGAUAUUACUGUCAUUGUUGCCCAUAUUUUGCCAUAUGUCUAA